AUGUGCCCCACUCCGGCUGUAGGCCGGCAGAGCUUGGCGGGCGGUAAGAGUAGCGGCGGGUCGAAGGCGGACCCUCGGCCGAUCACGAGCAAGGCGUACCAGAGCCGGUGCGCGGACUCGGUGUUGGAGUAUCUGCUAGCUGCGGGGUACGACCGCAGCUUGAACCGCAAGGUGCUGGCCAUGCCGAGCAGCAAGGACUUCUUCCGCAUGGCGGAGUUCCUCCUCGCGCGCAUCGACCCGCGCUUCAAGCUGGGCGCGAAGCAAGACGACGACCUGCUGGCGGCGCUCAAGUGGCUCGGGUACCCGUUCAGCAUCAGCAAGAACGCGCUGCACUCCGUCGGCACGCCGCACACGUGGCCGCCGCUGCUCGCCAUGCUGCACUGGCUCGUGCAGCUGCUCGCCUACCACCAAGCUACCAUCGCCGCGCACUCCGCUCCAUCCGUAUCGGCCGGAGCGGCUCAAGCGGGCGCGGUGCAUUCGGUGCGGCGAUUAUUCUUGGAGCAGGUGCGCGCGGGGUUCCGCGUGUUCAUGAGCGAGGAGGACGAGGACGCCGCCACGGCCGGCAGCCACGCCGCCAUGGAGGAGUUCGUGCGACGCAGCGAUGCCAUGCUGGACGACGUGCGACGGAGUAUCGCCCAGAAGGAAGAGAUCGUGCAGCGCCUCAAGGAGCGAGUGCAACAGGCGGAAGGCCCGUCGCGGCUGGAGGCGGUGGUGGCGCAGCGCCAGGCGGUGGUGAAGGCGGUGGGGGACGCGGAGAGGCGAGCGGCGCAGGCGAGAGCGGAGAGCAAGGAGCUAGAUGCAGCGAUGGAGGAGAAGCGCGCGGAAUUGGAGGAGCGUCGUCGCGCAACGCAGGCGAUGAAGGCGGAGAACGCGCGGUUGCGCGCGACAGUGGAGGCGCAGGGGGUGACGGCAGCGGAGGUGGAGCGCAUGGUGACACUCAAGGCGCAGCGCGAGGAGGCGCGCAUGGCGGUGGUGGCGGGGCGCAAGGACGCGGAAAAGGAGGCGUGGGCCGCGGAGGUGGAGGUGGCGAGGCUGGUGGCGCAGAUGGAGGCAGGCGCGCACGAAUUCAACGCGCUCGCCGCCAAGCGCAAGCUGGUGCCCGACACAGCGAAGCACGCGCGCGGAAUGAGAUACGACGUGUGCGUGAAUCCGCGCGCGGGCACAUGGACGGACAUGCUGGGCGACUGCCACCCCAAGGCGGACAUCCGCGCGGGGCUGGCGGGCGUGCUGCGCACAUACGAGGAGAAGCGCGCGUGGCGGGAGAGGCAGGUGGCGGAGGCGGAGGCAGAGGUGGAGCAGGCGGAGGGCGAGGCGAAGGACGCACAGGCGGCGGCGCAGCACAUGGAGAAGAUGCGCACCAUGCUGGAGCAGGACGAGAGGGAGGAGAUUGAGAUGCGGCAGAAGCAUGUGGAAGCCAUGGUGGUGAAAGUGCGGGAGAGCGAGAGGCGCGUGCGGCAGCUGGAGCAGGGGCGUGGAGAUGAGAUCACUCAGCUGGAGCAGGAGCUCAAGUUGGCAGUGGCAGAGAGCCGAGCGGAGCGACGGAGGGAGGUGGAAGAGAUGGUGCAGAUGCUGCAGCGUGUGACACGAGUCGAUGGCUUGCUGCAGGAACAUCUGGCCUCGGUCAGCCACACGGUAACAGCAGUUGAGGAGAGCUGCAACAGGAUCACACUUCAACCAUUGCCAGAGUAG